GGACAUAGUAGGAAAGUAGUAGGAAGAAGCAGAGCUUAUUUAAUCCCACCCCUUUUCGUAUCGUAGCAGUUUUAUCCCAUUUGUUUGUUCUCUAUUUGUAAUACAACAGUGAAAAAAAUUAGUAAAUAGAUUAAUAUACAAUAAGUAAAAAAAUAUCAAAUACAUACAUAAAUAUUAGACAUACAAACAUAUACACAAUAAUUGAAGUUCUUAUAUAGGUAAUUCAUGGUUCACCUUAGAGAUGAAUGAGCUUAUCUAUUUUUUUAAGAGAAUGUUCAAGAUUUUAAUUAUGAUUCUUCUUUGUACUUUGUGAACACUAAGUUUGAACUGUUUCUUAAACUGGAUUAUAUUAGUACUUUGACAUCUUUGCUUAAUCAAUUCCAUAAAUUAAUUCCAAAUAUUGUUAUGCUAAAUGUUUUCAGUGUUGUAUGUGCAAUCAGAUGUUUAUAGAGGUUAUAGUUGUACUGGUUUUUUUUUAAGAAUAAUUGUUGUACAUUCUUGGGUAGCAGGUUAUAGUUUGCUUUAUACUUUGUACUUUGUGCACCUGGGCUUUCAAGUGAGUUAAUGGCAUCUAGGGAGUGAUCCUGGGACGUUGGGACUUAGUGCUGAAACCUCUGGAGGCAUAUCAGCAAAACACUGAGGAAGGGGGGUGCCCACUUGAUAACCCAGAGGAUGCCUUUACUCACUUGACCAUCCUACAGAGUGGCAUAGGUGUCUCAGGUAUGCAUUAGGGCAUUGUAACAUCUAGUCCUACACAACAGAUCUAGCUGUUUGCAAAUGCACCAAAUCGUUAUUUUUUUCUUAUUGUCUAUUCAAUAAAUUAAAGGUUUGAGUGUUCUCUAUAGCAAAUCUUAUUUAUUCUAAUUGAUCAUUUUUGUAACAUUGUUAGUGAAUGAGGCAUACUUUUGUUGUUAGUUUCUGAUAUUUCUACACAAUAACUCAGAUAUGGUAAUAUAUUUAGCUUUAUUCAUUAUUGAGUUUGUUUAUUUUUACAUGAGGUUUCCAGUUAUUUUAUAGUUUAUUGUUACACCAAAAAAUGUGUUUCCUUUUACCCUUUCGAUAUCUACUCCCUGUGAUGAGGUGAGGACUUGUCCAGGGUGUACGCCGCCUUCCGCCCGAAACGCAGCUGAGAUAGGCUCCAGCGACUCCGAAAGGGAAAAGCGGUAGAAAAUGGAUGAAUGGAAUAUCUUACUGCGUCUAUUUUGUAAUUUUGUUUGACAUUUCAUUCUUCUAUUACCGAAUAGUAUUUUAGUAUUACUGAGAUUCAAAGAUAGUCGGUCUGUUUUUUGUCCAACCAUCUUUUUAAUUUGUUAAUUUCUUCUGUUAUUUGUAUUAGCUUUUGUGUGUUUUCCCCUGCACAGAACGCAGUCGUCUCACCUGCAAAUAAUAAUAACUUUAAGUCCUUUGUAACUUUACAAAAGUCGUUUAUAUAAAGAUUGAACAAUUUUGGUCAGAAUAUUUAACCCUGAGUUAUGCCACAAGAUAUGUUUAGCUCUGUAGAAAGGUUUGCCUAGUUUUAUGUAUUGCUUCCUGUUGGUUGAGUAGCUUCUUACCCAGUUCAAGACCAACCCUCUGAUGCCAUACCAUUCUAAUUUGUUUACUAAGAUGUUAUGAUUAUGUCAAAUGGAUCAAUAAACACUGCAGCAGCAUAAUUACUAUCUAUUGCAUUGGUGAUCUCUUCCGUUAUUUCGAUUAAUGCCAUUGGUGUUGAAUGUAUGGGACAAGCGGUAGAAAGUGGAUGGAUGAAUGGAUGUUGGCUCUUUAGUUGUCUGAGUCUUUAAUUUAUAUUCCUGAGUUUGUCCAAUCGGUUGUUAAACAUCCAUCCAUCCAUUUUCUACCACUUGUCUCUUUAUGGGGUUGCUGGAGCCUAUCUCAGCUGCAUUCGGGCGGAAGGCGGGACAAGUCGCUACCUCAUCGCUGGGGCAAACACAGAUAGACGACAUUCACGCUUACAUUCACACACUAGGGACCAUUUAGUGUUGCCAAUCAACCUAGCCCCAGGUGCAUGUCUUUGGAGGUGGGAGGAAGCCGGAGUACCCAGAGGGAACCCACGCAGUCACGGGGAGAACAUGCAAACUCCACACAGAAAAUCCCUCAGGUCCUUCGUAUUGUGAGACACUAACCCCUCCGCCACUGUGCUGCCCGGUUGUUAAACAGUUUUUCUGAUAUUUUAUAAAAUUGUGUAAGUAAAGGAACAAGUCUAUAGUUGUUCCAUUGCAAAAAAAAUAAAUAAAUGUGUGAAUACCAAAGCACUUGUAAUUAAAAUUUUCUGGGAAAAGCGGUGCAUUAUCUGACAAAUGCAUGGGUGCCAAUAUUUUUGGCCACGACUGUAGUCUUAGAAAUUUUCAGUGUGAAAAUCCAGCAAGAGACUGAUGGAUUUUCAUAAUCCUAGUAUGAAAGCCCACAAACAAAUAGACACAAAGCCAAAUGUAUUUAUUUGGAAUAAUGUUUAUUUUUGACUGUUGUUAGUCGGCAGUUUAUUUCCAUUGUAACAUUUACAGUUAAUAGUCAUUUUUGAUUUUCUUGUGAUAAAGUUGUGUAACAUUGAAGGUAUUGGAGCGGCGCUUCCGCGUGACGUCAUCUGAGCGCGAUGGUCCUCAGUAUGUUUUCCCGUUUCAGAGCUAACAGCUGCACCGACCGUGCUUUGGAUUCUGUUUCCGUCCCUCCCUUCACAACGCGGCGGUGUCAUGAGCUUUGGAGGCGAUUCCGAGGCUAGAUGAUGCACCGCUGUCGGGCUCCGGUGAAAUGUACACACCCUCCCUUUGAGGCAUUUACAUAACAUCAUGAUCCUAAUACAAUGUUAGGCUGUCAGGGCCACAUGCCUUGGGACAAUUACACUGUCCUACAAUGGCAUCUGACAUCUCUUGGAUUGGUAGCAUAAUGGGGAAUUCAUAGCUCUCCAAUGUAGUAGUUGUCAUGUCUUAAGUAUUUGAAAAGCCCCCAGAGAUACCUUCAACCGGUGUUAAUGGGGCCUCACUCGUCAGUACCAGAAUUGGCCCCUCAGUCAGGUCUCCAUUAAACCCAUGACGGAGUACUGCGAGGAGGGGGGGCUGCUGUAUGAGCAAUCACCUCCCAUGCACAUCAAAGUGGAGUCUCCCGAGGGACACUCUGGAGGGGGGGCGUCUGACAACGGCUUCCCCAGGGAUGACGACGACUCGGAAGACAGCUGUGACCAGAGCAGUGGGGUGCGUGGGGGUCUGCUGCCCUUCAACGUGGUGGUGGUGCACCCCAACUUGAUGGCGCCUGGCAUGUCCUCAGACGACCUCAUGUCAAUUGAGCAAAACCGAGCAAUGUCUGCCGCACUGGCAGCCAACGGUGCAGGGAAAAGAAAGAGUCGCUUCAGCGGCGCCGAGCUAGAGGUAUUGGUGUCAGAGGUCACCCAAUGUGAAGGGGAACUGUUCGGCCCGGCGGGGAGGCUCCGACGGCGAGAGCGGGAGCGCAUAUGGGCUGGGAUCCUCGAGAGGGUCAACGCCGUGUCCAGGGUGCCGCGUACUCUCCGUGAAGUUAAAAAGCGUUGGGAUGAUCUGAAGAGACGCAACGGGGGCCGGCUAGCGGACGCCCGCCACCGCAGCUGGUCCUUGCCGCCCAGCAAGGUGUCGUUGCUCGGACAGUCCUCCCAGUCCAGCCCCAAGCAUCAACACGGCCGGCAAAAUCAAAACUCCAGACCAAGGCCAAGUUUCCCAUGCUUCCCUGAAUCUGACCCAGGUAUUGGAGGAGAGGGGUCUGAGAGAGACUGUUUAGAAAAAGAUGAGGACAAUCCGGAGCACGAGAGAGAUGUGGGAGAGCCAGACUGCGAACAUGAGGAAAACAGCUUGGAGGACAAACUAGGAUUAGGACUUGGUCUGGGCAUCGGACCACCUCCACCCUCAGAACGGUGGCUGCCUCCCUCCCCGCUCUACAGCGCCCCUUUUCUAAACGGCAGCCCUCAGCCCAGCAGUCCUCAGCCAUCACUGGGUGCACAACAGGGUCCGUUUGAAGCCCCGCCUCGCAGCUCCUGGCUUGAAGACGAGCUGCGGGGGUUAGGAGAAGCAGCGAUUCAGCUUGGGAACCGCAUGGAGAAGAGCCUACGGGAAUUCGCAGAGUGUUUCACCCAAGACAUGAGAACACUUGUGGCUUCUCAAGAGGCGUUGGCACUCAGUCUACAGCAGAACAAUGUCCUCCUGCAAAGACUGUUAGGAGUGCUGGAGGCCCAGCAGCAGCAGCAACGUAUACAGCAGACGCGACAGUCGCAGACAUCGCAGGUGGCUCAGACACAGCAGCAAUUGGAGCAGGUGGAAAUACCACAGCCAGUACAACAUCAGCAGCAUGCAGUGCAACAACGACAACCAAAACUACAUCUACAGCAUCCAAACAGUCCUUCCGCUGGAACCAUGGUCCCUUUGCCGUUGCUACCUGACGCUCAAGCCACUUUUGCCUCUCAUCCCACCACAGACUUAAAUGGAAGCGUGCCGAAAACACGGCGAGGGAGAGCUUUCGAUCACAGGCGCAGGAGACGACGCUAAGAACAAAAAAAGGGGGGAGAGGUAAAUUAAAAGCACACACACUUUGCAUACUUAUUAAUGAAUGAAGAUGACAAUAUUUCUUGUUUUUUCUAUUUUCGGUAGAAAUAUUUUGCUUCAAACCUCCCUUUGUGCACCUCAAACAGUCCUCAUUAAGCACUGUUAGACACAUGAGAUUAUAGGGUGGCCUUAAAUUUUAAUGUACAUAAUGUAUUGUGCAACGAAACAUCACUUAUUUACAAAUUCUUUAGAUACUGUAGGAGCUGUUUAAGGUCAUGCUUUUCAGCAGAGCUUGUAUAAAGUGUACAGUAACUGUAAUGUCAAGUACUUGUUGCCAUAUAUCGUACAUACCUGCUAAUGUAUGCCUGUGUUUUAACAGUUCCACAGUGAGUCUUUUUACAGCUUUGGCAGAUGAAUAAUGUGUCAUGUUCAGUGCAUUUUUGGGACAAACCAUUCCAGACUUGCCUGUCAUGGCGUACAUGCCUGAAGCAUAAGCAUUGCAGUAGGCUUCAGAAGUCCAGCCCCAUAAUGAAUUGAAAAUAUACAUGAAUAUUUAGGGAAUUUAUAUUCUUGCAUGGGGUGCACAUUGAUGUGUUUGCAGAUAGUUGUCUUCAACUGCAUAUUGCCAUCUUUAUAGUUUUGCACAAGCUAUAUUUUGUAGAUAGCUAUUGUUUCAAUGAAAUGUACUAACGCUCAAAUAAAAGUAUGACAUGGGCUGCA